AAUAAUUGGCAACGAGUCUAUGCAGAUGCAUCGAUCAUCGAUCAAGUUGAAGAUCACGGAUGAGCGCUAACAUGCGGUUGUGAAUUAGUUUUCUAGCCGAAGAGAGCCGAACUCCGAAGAAUUUUUACGUCGCUGGAAAUGCACCCAUCUACUCGACAAUGCUGCCGCCCUAAUAGACCCACUUUGCUUGAACUGCUUGGACCUGUUUGGAGGAGGUUUAGAAUACAGAACGUUCACCGACCCUCGCUAUGUAACUUGAAUGCUCUUCAAACUUCGACACGUUUUUCCGGUCCGGAACAAGUCAGGCUAAGCCCUCAAGGCAGAAGGAUUCUAGCCUCAUCUCGGGUUGAGGUUUUCGACGACUUUUGCAAGUCCGACAAAAUUAACUACGGUGGAAAUGAAAAAGGUCGUAGGUGUGGUUGCAAUUGCUCUAAGGCUAUCGAUCGUCCCGCACCCCUUGUCGUGUUCUUCUUACUCAACUUUCAGACGAGCUACAGAUCCGGUGACGAAUGGGGUAAGCUCAUUUGUGACCCGAAAAGACCAACCCGACCUACAUAGGACCAUCUAAAACUGUGAUAAUUGUCCUACAUAGUUCAUCUGGGAAGGCCGGAACAACCACUGGGCGUUCGGAUGUGCAUUGAAACUCGAGGGUGUAUAGGCUAUCCUUUUGCCAUAGGCUGACAAGGAAUCCUUCCAGUUGCUGUAGUAAGAAAUCCUCACAGUUGCUGUAGUCACUACUGGACGCAACAUCAACGUCAAAAUUUGCUGUGUAAUUACUCUCGGAGCGACAUCUUGUCAAGUUGCACGCUCCGCUCUGCUCUCAAAACUCCG